AGACGGGAAAAGACACUUAUGUUUGCCUUCCAAGAUACUUGCUAGGCCGUAGAACGCGUGGCAUCAUUAGGGAAGCUUAGUCACUGAAUCUCAAGGAUGACCGUCGUGCUGAUCAUCAAGAUCAUCGAGGUUGUUUGCGAAGGGUCGCGAUGGUGGAAAGGGUCAAUUGCGAAUAAGAUUCAUAGAUUGUGCGGAUCUGACCACCGGGCCUAGGGCCGCGAUCGUGGACAAUAGCGGCGAUGAGGCGGAAGGUCGUGAGCAUCGAACCAAUCAGAGAGGCGCGGCCGAGUCGGACUCUCGAGCAUGAUGACAUUUCCAAAGCGUUGACCGGCACGACUCGCGAAUUUGAUGUCUGUACCUGGGUACCAAGGUGUGCUUGUAAACAUGUUUGGUGCUUGCAGAUCAUUGAAUAUCGGCCGGCUCGAGAGACGAGGCGAGCAGAAAUAUUGAUCAGACGGUCGUACCCGCCGACCGGAGACUCUCCCUCUCUACGACGCAGCAGGGUCGCAUUGACGAAAAGCUGGGAUGAUGUGCAUGGCAUGAGUCAGUGCCUGUCCUUUAUCCCCAAGCAAAUAGGGGGGAAGAGAACGUCACGAGUCAAUCAAGAAAGCAAGGACCCUGAACCGAUGACACGCAGCUGCAGCCCGAGCAUCCUGGCUGCUUUUGGCGGGCGCAUUGGUCAAUCGCCAUCAUAUCUGGUCAUCUCGAUGCUGAUCGGACAGGAUCGCGCGAUCAGAUGCUAGCUCGGAGGCGCUGUCUCACCACAUCUGUCUGCAUUUCGUGUGAUUAUUCUUGGCAUGAUGUUUGAGUAAUAAGCGUUAAUCAUUGUUAUCACGAAAUGCUGUGUCCGGGCGUCACGCGAUCAACAUCUUGCCGACUGCUUUCCUGCUAUCGCACUCAAGGAUGCAU